CAAACAAAACUUCAUUAUUAGACGUUGCGGGACAUUAGACAGUGGUAAACUGCCUCUUUAUGUCUAUACUGUAUACAUAAAAAUGUUAUUUUGUUUUCAGAUUUCAUACUGUUCUGUAACGAAAUCAAUUUUAGAGGCUGGUUUACACCCGGAAACAUGGUAUGUGUUAGCAUAAGUGAUUCAUAUUUUUGGACCUACCAGAAAACUGUUUAACUGUUAACUUUUUAAAUGAACAUUAGAAAAGAUUGACUAUUUUAGUUCUCGACUAAAGCAGCAUGUCUUACUUGGAGUGGGCUGAGUCUCAGCUUGCAGAGAUAGAGCUGCUGACCAGCAUGUUCCCCACCGUGGAGGAGCUGGAGUUCACUGACCAGCUGGCACUAGCCGAGCUCAGGGACUACGUGGAGGGCUCAGCUUCAACAGGCGGCCCUCCACCGUCCAGACCCCAGUUUCUCAUCAAACAAAAGCUGGACUCUGCGAACACGGAGGGGACGCUGUUCAUUCUGUCCUGUGCUUACCCAUCUGAAUAUCCUAGUGUGUUACCAGAAAUAACAGUCCGGUGUCCUGGUCUCAGCAGGGCUCAGCAGACACAGCUCCAGGCACUUCUCAAUGCAUACCUCAUGGAAAACUGCCAGGGGGAAAUAUGUGUGCUCUCUGCUGUUGAAUGGGUGAAAGACAACCUCCAGCUUUUUAUUGAUAAGAGCUUAUUAGAAGCCCCAGCUCCUAAGAAGGAGUCUGCCUCUUCUCGGACGCCCGAAGUGUUCAGCCGGCUGUGGAUCUACAGUCACCACAUUUACAACAAGUCGAAGAGGAAGAACAUCUUGGAUUGGUCAAAGGAGCUGGGCCUGUCAGGAUUUAGCAUGCCUGGGAAACCUGGUAUUGUGUGUGUGGAAGGUCCUCAAUCUGCCUGCGAGGAUUUCUGGUCCAGAGUGAAGGUUUUGACAUGGAAGAAGAUCAUGAUUCGACACAGAGAGGAUAUUCCCCUUGAUUGUCAGAGUGAGGACAGCAGGCUUGUUGAACGUAUAGACUCCCUGCGCAAAUUUACAGGCUUUGAAGAAGCAAUGUUUGACCCCCAUGGAAACAGAGGCAAUCACAUGGACCUUGGGCAGCUCUACCAGUUCUUGAAUGAGAAAGGCUGUUGUGAAGUCUUUCAGAUGUAUUUUGGCAUUGAAGGGAGGUAGUAGUCAGACCGAGAUAAUGGAUGUACAUAGUUUUUGUACUGGUGCCUUGUCAGUGAAAUUACUUAUUCUGAAAAUAACUUUUAAAUGAAAUGGGAAUGCAGUAAGCUGAUAAAAUGAAAUAAAUUAACUGCAGCGUUUUUUGGGUUUCAAAGUUGUCAUACCUGCAAAAUUCACUGGAAUAAAAAGCAGAAAGAACAUUUCUGCAAUUUUCAGGAACAGUUUUCAUUUCUUUUUUUAAAAAUAGGCAUAUUUUAUCAAAAGAAGGAAGAAAAAAGAUGUUUAUCGGAGAAUUUCCUCGAGGACUUCGGUUAUAUUUGCAAUUUUAAUACUCCUGCAUAUCACGAAUUGCCCCAGGUGUUUCUUUUCUCAAAUGGCACCAGUGUGUUAUUACUACCGGGCUAUUAUAGGAUUUUCAGGUUUGAUAACAUUUUAAUAAUUGAACAACAUUGUCAACAAAAUGUUGGAUAUCUGUUUUUUUAAAUCUGUUGAUUUUCUUCUUAUGAAUUAUAGAUAUCAUAAGCAUGGAAAUUCUUUCUCCAAUUUUCUUUGAAUGAUUAGUUGUUAGAUAAAUUAUGCGUUGCUGUGGAUUAUACACUGGCAAUUAAAAUGUGUGGAUAUUUAUCAUUAAUCUUAAUUUGUCCCCCACCAAGCCUUGGAUGACCAAAAAAAAACAAGUUCCCAUUGUUGAUUCCCCUCAACCCUCUGGAGUUGUAUCUAACGUAUUAUGGAUAUUCUUGAUUUUCUUUUUCUUUUCUUUUUUUGAUGCAAAGUGCACUCCUUAGAUACAGCCUUUGAAAGUGUAUCAAUUCACCAUUUUUGUCACAUAAUAAUACAGAAAUACAGAUGAAUGUAAAGUCUUCAAACGAGUCUGAACACAGAGUAAUUUAGGAAGUUAGAUUGCUAAAGUGAUAUGACGAGGGAGACAUGUACUUUUAGUACUUCCUGUGAUUAAUUUAGUAUUAAAACAAUAAAAGGAAUGAUUAAGUCUGGUUCAAUGCACAGUUCUACGUUGAAAGGAAAUAACAAAACUUAAAGACAAAGUUGAUAUUUAGUUACCUGCAGAUUAUACUUGCAGACUCUGUUGGUCUACACUGUCCAGCAGAUGGCAGCAUAACAUAAUUAAAUUGGGCAAACAUGGAAACCGUAAUAUCUUAACUUCCUAAACAUGUUUAAAAUCCUAACUUCUGUCUAAAAGCAUGAGGAAAAAAAAGCUGGAAUAGUAAAACAAUUUGGAUUAAUGGGUGUUCACUUGUUACUUAUGUGAAAACUGACUACUGUGAUUUACAAGGUCAGACAGAAUGGAGUGCUGUAAAACGGAGGUGUUGUAUCUGUGCAUUUGAACACUUUGAACACAAAAUAAAGCAGCUAAAACAUCACAAAUUCA